CUUAGGAAAAGAAAUAGAUACAUAUUGUGAAAGCAUUGUAAAAAGCUAGUCAUCGACAGGUACAUACAAAGUACAAUUAUAUAUUCUUUCUUCAUAUACAUAUAAAUGAUAAUUGAGAAUCGAAGAAUACCAUGGUAACAUCGCGCCUAACAAAAUGUCUUUUAUCUUGUAUUGUCACUGUACAAGACAGCAAUUUGUGGCAGUUUUGAAAUUAAAUUCGUAGCGUGUACAUUGGCAAGAAUUCAGUAUCGGUUUGUGUACAUAGAAAGACAAAAAUAACGAAAGAGUACACUUAGAAAAAGAACUUUCUUGAUUAUACACAUACUUAUAACAAAGUGGAUUAUAAUUAAUCAUUUAUUGUUUAUAAUUUAUUCUACUGUUUUCUCGUGACAAGUCGUCGAUCAUGUUCAAUUUGUCAAUAAAUUACCACGAAGAACCCCGUCGCAAACAAAAAAAAGAAGAAUGGCGAUUAUUUCAAGCCAAGGAUUUACAAUCACUGAUGUGUCCGUGUUUUACUUUAUGUCGUAUUUUUGGAAUAUUUCCCUAUAAGAUGAACACUUCGAAUUUUGAAAUUUCAAAACCAUACUACAUUUUGUCGACUGUCGUUACCUGCAUUUUUGGUAUUUACACAUUGAUAAUUCUGUUCAAUAUUUCCUUCUUUGGAAAACUCAAUAUGAUAAGUUUACCCGAGAUUCUUGCGAAUGGCUUCGUUUUUGUGUUUGGCGGUUUCGUAGUGAUUGUCACAUUUAUUUUGACUGGUCCGCGGCUACGAUUGCUACAGACUAUAUUGAAGAUUUCUUCAAGACUACCAGUGGAAUCAUAUGAGAAGUUAUCUAAACUGAUUCAUACUAAGGAUAUCAUCGGUUUUUUACUAGUUGUGCCUGCAUUGUUAUUUCCUACAAUGAAAUAUGAAUUAAAUACAGAUUACUUAUAUCAAAUGUAUAUCAAUUUAGUGGUGUUUCUGAUGGAUAUGUUCUAUAUGAAUUGCGUUUGUGUAUUAAAGGCGUGUUUUAAAGGAAUCAAUGACAAUCUGACGAAAAGUGUCAUAGUAAAUAAUGAGUCACAUAACUCUAGAUUGAACUGUCAUGUCCAGAGAAAUCAGUUUCUGAUCAUGGAGCUCAAAGCUCUGAAGAAGGAACAUCUCGCAAUCAGUGAUACAGUACAGAUGCUAAACAUGAUUUUCAGUUUGCAGCUUCUUGCUACAGUUCUCCUGGCCUUCUCCAGUGUCACCUUUACUUUGUAUUACUACAUAAUAGUCUGCAUAUAUUUUUUCCUUUCUCAUGGGUCAAUGGGUGUAGUGACUCACGCAUGCCUUCUUACAUACAUGUUAUAUAGUAUUAUAAGAAUGGCAUUGAUAACAUGGGCCUGCGAGACAGGCAAAAGUCAGGCUCAGCAAAUGAGCGUGUCCAUUCACGAUGUGUUUAACAUCACCACCGAUGAGCAGGUCAAAUAUGAGUUACAAUUAUUUUCCUUGCAAAUACUUCAUAGCAAUAACACAUUUGGUGCAAAAGGUCUCACCGUGGAUGCAAAACUUUUCGCUGAGUUAGUGGGUUGCAUUGCCACAUAUGUAAUAAUAAUGUUGCAAUUUAUGUAUUUCUCUUGCGAGAAAGAGGCGGCAAACAAUAUUACGGAAGUAAUCUAAUAAAACACAUAAUUAAACAAAUAAACGUAUUAAAAAUGCUUGAUUAUUGUUGCGACGAAUAGUGGGGCUACUACGGUAUCUCGAGCUAGGGCUAGACUGUUGAUUCUCGCGUUGCUAAGCGUCGUGCGUCUUUUUGGAUGUCAUGCUGCAAUCAGCGUUUCAACGUGUGAAUCGAUCGGUAACAAUCAGAUACUGUUUUGGGUAGCAACGUGUUUCGACGACACGAUUCAUUACGAAUUAGUACUUGCAAAAGUAUAGACCACGGAGAUCGAGUGUCCCCGUUGCCUGAGAGAGGCCGAAACUUUUUCCUAGUCGAGCGUUACAGAGAGCAGUAUAGACCAUAUAGAGAUUUCUCACUUGUGAAAAGAACCUUAUCUUCUUUCGUACCACCUAGCCAUGCCUGUACUAUCUGUACAUAUAAACCAUAAACUCUAAAAACUCCAGAAUUGUUGUUUCACUCCCACAAUUCCCGACAAUUCAAUUAUUAUAUAAUGACAUACUC